CCUCAUCAUUUUCGGGCAGGGGGAGGGUUGGCGACGAGGCAAAGUGGGGGCAGACAGAGGAAGAGCACUGGGCCUGACCACAUCUUUUCAUGCGGAAAAACGGCAACGUCAAAAAGCCCCCAUUUUUGGUCACCCUUAACACUCUGGCCCGGGCCUUAGUCCGCGGUCUCGGGUUUAGUUGAUAGCCGGCUGGAGGGCAGGCUGGGCGGGACUGUGCACGCCUGUUGAGAGUCUCACCACGUAUCCUGCACUUCUGAGGCCGAAAUGGGCGACAGCAGAGAUUCCCGGAGUCCGGACAGCUCGUCUGUGUCAUCUCCCCCCUCAGGCCAUCGCUCCUCGUCUCCCCUGGUGCCCCCUGUGACCAUGACCUCCCUGCCCCCCAUCACCUCAGCUGUCAACAGCCCCAUCAGCAGCAUGGGCUCUCCGUUCUCUGUCAUCAGCUCCUCCCUGGGCUCCCCCUGCUUGCCAGGGACACCGUCGGUGGGCUACGGCCCCAUCAGUAGCCCUCAGAUCAACUCCACCGUGUCCAUGUCCGGUCUCCACGCCGUCAGCAGCUCUGACGACGUCAAGCCGCCGUUCGGGCUGAAGCAGCUGUCCGCCCACAGCCCCGGAGGACCCAUGAUGUCCCAGAAGCGCAUGUGCUCCAUCUGUGGAGACCGCUCCUCCGGUAAGCACUAUGGCGUGUACAGCUGUGAGGGCUGCAAGGGCUUCUUCAAGCGGACAGUGCGUAAGGAUCUGAGCUACACCUGCAGGGACAACAAGGACUGUCUGGUGGACAAGCGGCAGAGGAACCGCUGCCAGUACUGCCGCUACCAGAAGUGCCUGGCCAUGGGCAUGAAGAGGGAAGUGGUCCAAGAUGAACGGCAGCGAUCUGUCCAGGAGGAGCGCCAGAGGAACAAGGAGCGUGACGGGGAGGUGGAGUCCACCAGCGCCGUGAACGAGGAGAUGCCCGUGGAGAAGAUCCUGGAGGCGGAGAUGGCCGUGGAGCAGAAGACCGAGCUGCACUCUGACGGGAGCUCUGGGGGAAGCUCUCCCAACGACCCGGUGACCAACAUCUGCCAGGCGGCAGACAAGCAGCUGUUCACCCUGGUGGAGUGGGCCAAGAGGAUCCCUCACUUCUCAGAGCUGGCCCUGGACGACCAGGUCAUCCUGCUCAGAGCAGGCUGGAACGAGCUGCUGAUCGCCUCCUUCUCCCACCGCUCCAUCUCCGUGAAGGACGGCAUCCUGCUGGCCACCGGCCUGCACGUCCACAGGAACAGCGCCCACAGCGCAGGGGUGGGGGCCAUCUUCGACAGGGAGAGUGCUCACAGUGCUGAGGUUGGGGCCAUAUUCGACAGAGUUCUGACAGAGCUGGUCAGUAAGAUGAGAGACAUGCAGAUGGACAAGACCGAGCUGGGCUGUCUCCGGGCCAUCAUCCUCUUCAACCCAGAUGCCAAGGGCCUGUCCAGCCCCAGUGAGGUGGAGCUCCUUAGGGAGAGGGUGUACGCAUCGCUGGAAUCCUAUUGCAAACAGAGAUACCCCGACCAGCAGGGCAGGUUUGCCAAGCUCCUCCUACGACUCCCGGCGCUGCGCUCCAUUGGUCUGAAGUGUCUGGAACACCUGUUCUUCUUCAAGCUGAUUGGUGACACACCCAUCGACACCUUCCUGAUGGAGAUGCUGGAGGCUCCCCACCAGCUGACCUAGGGGGAGGCGGUGGCACUGGAGGUGCAGUGUCAUGUGACCCGCUCCUGGGUCUCUCCACGCCUCAGCCCCUUCUGGGGGAAACGCCCUGUCUAACUGGUCUGGAGAUUCAGCUCAAACACAACUGUAUCACCAAGCAACCUCUGUCUUCACACACACACACGGACACACACACGCGUGUGUGCACACACACACACCAUACUGAGCUUCAAAUGACCAUUUGCCGUCUUGGAAAUACACACACUCUAACACACUUCUCCUGUGUAAAGGGUUGCGAUGCAUACAUUUCUCCCUUUUUUAAACGUAAUCAUGUCUUCAAGUUAAUCACAAGCUUAGCUUCAUUCUCAGUUAUCCUACAGCUCUGGAGAAUGCAUUCUUAAAAAAAACGACAGAUCCCCUUUUUACUUGUGGGAUUUGUAGUUUUUUCAUCAGCUACAAAGUCCACUGUAGCUACAGUAUGGAGUGCCAAAGUCACGUUACGUUGAGCUUCUUACUUGAGGUACUUUUUGUAAAACAUCAAGUAAACUAUCCAAAAAACUAAUAUUAUAAUCAAGAAACCUUCAAGGUGAAACCAGGCUACUAUUGUGGCACAAUAUUUUAGUUCAACUGUCAGCAAUACAUACAGUUGAACUACAAACCCCAGAUGGCUAGCUGUCAAAUUGCCUCUAUGAUUGUAGUUCUUUAAUGCGGCUUCCUGGCCUAAAAACUUUGAGGGGAGUGGCGGGACUUUGGUACUCUAUUAAGGGUUUUUUUUUUUUCUUUCAGUUAUGCAAAUGAUCCAUGUGUUAUAUGGUCAGCCCAGCUUUGUGAUUGGUGGAGAGAGGUGGACAAGCCUUCCCAAUCACAAUAGAUUAUUUGAAUAUUGCGCUUUCACCCUCGCUGCAAAAAAGUGCAGCGUGAAGUCAAGUACUGUACUCUUCCAUUGAGCCCUUUCGAAGCAUUGAAGGCCAGGGGAUGGCCAACUAGAUUUGGGCCUACCUAAAGCACACAUCAGGCUUUUAGGAAAAAAAUGACUUGAAUGAAACAAUUAAUCUUUUUUUUCGCUUUCCUCCCAUUUUGGCAUUUUGGUCGAGUCCAAAUGGGCAAAGACCUGAGCUUUUCUAUAAAAACACGAUAUAUGAGCUUCGACUGGUGCAGGACAGAGUAGCUCUGUCUGGAUCCUUUUGAGACGCCCUCGCCUUGCUCAUGUUCAUUUUUGCACUUUGGGAACGUUACUGUGUAUGUGAGCUAUUGUUGCCCCCCCCCCAUAUUCCUCUCAGCCUCCCAAACUCUGGGACCACCUACCUCUCCUUCCCCCGGCGUUCUCUAUAGAGCAUAGCAAUCAUACUGUUUUGUACAGGUAUGGUGGGCAGGGCUGUGCAGAGUUCUGUGAAAAUACCAUGAGCUCACUUCCUGGUGUCUUCAUACCCUGUCUUUCUAUUUGUUGAGGGACACCCCCCCCCCCCCCCCUCCCCCUGAAUUCUGUCAUUGGUCAGCUAGACCCUCAGUAUUUUGUCACUGGUCAACCAGACCCUGUAGAUUUCGUAGUGUGAUCCAAUGCUUACAGCCUCUUUGUCUUUGUUACAUGUUGACCUUUCUGGAGUUCUCCUUUUCAAUACAUACUUUUCUCCUUCACAUGAGGGCGCUGGGGCGAAUCAUCAACUAUGCAUUCACAGUAGGGACUGUACGUUCUCACACACAAACUGUAAUGUAUGCAAAGACAUCAGGUGAGAUGCAAUAUGAAACCACAAUAUACAAAGUGUAUAAACUACAGUACAUAUAUAAUUGUAUUGUGGAGCUGUUUCCUACCAGCCCACCAAACACAUCAAUUAGAGGCUCACCUGAUUGGUUAUGGCUUGUGAUGUGGCACCAUUGGCCCUGUAAGGGUUCUGGUGGUAGGCACCUCCCCCUCUGCUUGUAUUUCCUGUCAAACUUGGACCUGAUAGGCAAUCCGAAUUGAGGCGAGUGUCAGUAGGAUUGUGGUUGGAUAGCGUCUCCUCAGAUUGCAUCGUUAGCUUGUGUUUGCCCUUCUGCUGAUGUGCUCUACCGGUGCUAAAUGAUGUGGUCUGACCCGUUUCAUGUUUACACCAACACAGGCUCACGCACACGGGAGUACGCAAGAACACAGGGACGCACGCUCUUUAAAACCUUAGGUCUGCUUGAAAAAGAAAAGAAAGAAAAAACAGUUGACCCACUCAGCCCCUGCCUGUGUACCUGUCAACUUGAUGUGGUUACAGUCCUCCAUGUUCUGCCCUGGGAGGAGGAGGAGGAGGAAGGCUAGGAGGGUGUGUCCUGUGUGACAGAUGGUGCCCCUUCCCUCCUCUGUUCAGAGCAGCUCCUGGGCUAGAGUAGCAUAACUGCCCCAGACUCUCGGUUUUGUCAUUGGGGCCGAUUUAUCAAAAAUCUCCACAGUCGUAGAGUGGUCAAGUUGAUCCUAACUUUCUUUAGAGCUUCCUUAGUUGAAUACAAACUCGUUUCAUUCACCUGGUGCUCAUCAACAUGUCUCUCUUUGCUACUCUGUGUUUGAUUCCUAACUCUGUUUACAAUGAGCAGAGAUCGUAUAGUAAGCUACAGGUUACUGUAUAUAUUCAACAGGCUCUGUUUUUUGGGGUUGUUUUUUUUUGCUAGACUUCAGCAGAGGAGUGGUGAAGAUGUGCCUCUAUGUAGCUGCCAGAGAGAGAUGUUGGUAACAAAGGAGAAAAAAAAUGCACAGGAGAGUGCGCAGAAAGUAGAAGCUGGAGAGAGAGAGGGAGAAAGAGGGAGAGGGGGUGUAGAGAGAAAGAUGUAGAGAGAGAGAGAGAGAGGUAGAGAGAGAGAGAGAACCUAGCAUGAUGAUGUUACAGUAGCCGUUUCAGUCCUGCGCAAAAACCUAGUACUUUCACCAGUACUUUGCAGUACUAUGGACUGUAAGUCCAGUGCAUUGGUAGCACAUGUUACAGUACUACUUCAAAAGUAUAGUACUUCUGCAGCCCGGUGCUUUCAGGGUGACCCCUGACCCCUGAGGGGGGACUGGAACACAGCACUACUGCAGUAUUAGUCGCUGGCCGUGUCGGCCGGGAGGCGGCAGGUUGUCUUUUGCCCGGCGUUCGGCCCAAAGAAGCACGUCCAUGGGACUGCAUCAUGCACCCCCCCCCCCCCCGUGUUUGUACGUUUGUUUAUGUUGUGUACAGUGUAUCUGCCUCAUUAUAAAAUGUCCCUUUUUAGUUUUUAAAGGAAGGAAGGAAAAAAACGAAUGCUCUUGAAACCGUCGAUUGAUGGAUUGACUGAAGUCUUGUGUUACCGAGUUCGAGUUACCGAGGCUACUGCAGCCUUAGCCAUGGCGACGGCGAACCAGGAAGUGCCCUGUCCCAGUGUGUCGGGCUCUUCCUGUGUACUUGUCCGGGGGCCUGCUGGAGGCGUGCGUACAGAGCACUGGGCAGGCCUGCUCUGGUGUGUUGCCACACCGCCAGACCAGUAUGGACGUCAGCCCAGGUCCUCCACAGCUCCCAGUCCCUGCGGCUGCUCUUGAAGAGGCUCCAGAGUGGUUUUAGAGUGUACUGACUGGAGUAGUCUGCAUACUUAGUAUUGUGCAUGCUUUUGUUUUUUUUUUAUGGCCCCUUGAAAUUGUGUGCGCUUGAGUGGGCCCCGAAACGGUGGGGGUGGGGCGUGGCGGCUAGUUAGAGCAGCCCGGUCCUGGGUUAGUUACUGUUAAUGUGCAGUAAAUAUACUGUGAAAUACUUGGGGUGAGUUUGAUUUUCAUGUUUGGCUACACUGCGCAAUGGUAACAAUGGAUCAGUCCAGCAAGUGCCAACCUGGAGUUCAAAUCAAAUACACCUUAACUACUUUCAAGUGGUUAGUCUGUGUAAUUGGCCUUGUUCUGUCAGGGAGCCAGCGCCCCCUCAGGUGCUUUUGCUGUGUGUCGGUGCUAUUCAAAGGGUUUUCACAGACCAGUUACAUUCUAGGAACAUGUCUUCGCCGUCUGGAUGGCGGUUCUGUCUCAUGACCUAUGACCCUGUGUUCAGUGCAGCGCCAAAGGACCAGGAAUGUGUUUACCUUAUUGUUGGGUAUUGCCAGGGAACCUUUCCUUCAGCUUGAAGGUUCUGUUUUGAGUCCACACCCACAGCCGGACACAGAUCCCCCACAGAGCAGCCAGGCCUGAAGCCACGCCCUCAUCACAUGGAAUUAACUGAGGGGAGGAGCUAAAUCGGAAGACACCACUUUCAUGGGGUGUGGCGUUAACUGAAUAACAGUUAAAGGAAUACAAGCUGAACGCUUUUCAAGUUUCUGGGAAAUUUGCCAAUGGUUGAUGUUAUAUAGAGUGGAAGACUUCAGGAUUGAUCAGAUGUUGAUAAAAAAAAAAUCAAAAAAAAAAAUCUCAUGUCAUACCCAGUCUUUUACACCUCUUACUCAUGUGCUCUGCUUCAAAUCUCUGUGUAUUCAGGAGUAUUAAACAAAUGCAAGAACUGUUAUAUCAUGUGGGCUCUUCAGUUUUCCUUGUCCUUUUCUAUUUUUCUUCUCUCCUGUUUUAUUCCUCGUCAGGUUUGUAUUUCUGACUCCACCAUACAUGUGUGCUUUGGUGGAGAAGGAAAGAAAAAUAUAAUGAUUUUUCUCAAGUCAUUAAUUCUGAAUCUGUUUUUCUGUUUGUUGUAUGAUGUCUGAGUAAAGGUUUUAAUACUGUACCAUGA